AUGUAUCUCGCUGAUGCACUUAGCAGAUCAUACUUGAGUGACAGUGACCAAUGUUCUGUUGAAGAUUAUGACAUAUUGUUGUGUGACUAUAUUUCUGCCUCAGACAGUGACAGGGAAGCAAUAGAAUCUGCCAUGAAACAUGACAAUGAAAUGAACAUGCUGAAACAUGUAGUAAAACAUGGAUGGCCUGAUAAGAGAUAUGAGGUAGAUAUGCAAAUACGUGCAUAUUGGAACUAUAGAGAUGAAAUUACGCAAAUCGAAAACUUAUUGUUCAAAGGAACAAAGUUGAUAAUUCCAAGAGCAAUGCGAAAAGUCAUGAUUGAAAGAAUACACGAAACGCAUCUUGGGACAGUGAAAUGCAAAGCAAAAGCUAGAGAUGCUUUGUUUUGGCCUUCGAUGACCAAAGACAUUGAAGAAAAAGUCAGCAGUUGUGGAAUAUGUGCUCGAUACCAAUCGAGGAACCCGAAGGAACCUCUAAUUCCACAUGAAAUUCCUGACAGACCAUGGAGUAAAAUAGGAAUUGAUAUUUUCGAGAGAAAAGGACAUUCGUAUCUGAUCUCAGUGGGUUAUUACUCUAAAUGGCCUGAAAUUUCAAAGUUAGAAAAUACGACAAGUCAAUGUGUGAUUGGAUAUUUAAAAUCACAUAUGUCGAGAUAUGGAAUACCAGACGAGGUGAUAAGUGACAAUGCCAGAAACUUUACAAGUUUUGAAUUUGAACAGUUCGCUAAAAGCUAUGGAUUUAAACACACAACCUCGAGUCCGAACUUCUCAAGUUCAAAUGGUCAAGUGGAGCGUUGUAUUCAAACUAUCAAACGGUUAGUCAACAAGAAUGAUCUUGAUCCAAAUUUAGCAGUAAUGGAUUACAAAAAUACGGAACUAGAUGGAGUAGGUCUGUCGCCUGCACAAUUGUUCCUGAACCGAAGAUUGAAAACGAAGUUACCCAUUGCUAAGGAACUAUUGAAACCUGACAAUUCUAAAGAAAUAUCAGAGAAACUCUCAAAACGUCAGCAGAAACAGAAAUUUUAUUAUGAUCGACAUGCGCAAAGAAAAGCCUUGAAACCACUUCAAAAUGGUGAAAAUGUAAUGUUUCGUCAUAAUGAUAAAUGGCAAGAAGGAAAAGUGAAAUCGAAACAUGACACUCCGAGAUCUUAUAUUGUGGAGAACAAGGAUGGAAAACAAUAUAGGCGAAAUCGCAGACAUUUGAGAUCUAGCAAGGUACCGGUUCAAAUUGAGCCUGAUAUUCCGCCACAAACAUCCUUAGAUGACAAUACGCAAAAUACGCAAAACGCAUCCGAGCCAGAACAACAACAACAUACAGACGCACACAUCUCGGAAAACCUGCCAAAACCUACGAUUACAACGAGAUCUGGUAGAGAAAUCAAGCAGCCAAGCAGAUUUCGUGAUUAUGUUGUUAGUGCAGUAGAUAAGAUGAAAAGUGUUAUUUCUAGUGGUUAA